UUUCUUCCAAUCGUCUAGUUUUUUUCUUUCACAGAUCGGGCAUUUCUUCACUUCUCUUCUAUUCUGCCUCUCCUCCCUCCUCACCCCCGCCUCAAAAUUCUGUCUCCUCCUUCAACACAUCUGUCAAUCACAACCGCCAUUGAAAUCGAAAUCUCAAUCUCAAUCUCGGAGGUUGAGAGGUUGAAGGAGUGAAGGAAAAAUGUUCAAGUUUUUGAAGGGAGUUGUGGCGGGAUCUGGCACUGGUGUUAAGGAUUUACCUUAUAAUAUUGGCGAACCUUACUCCUCCGCUUGGGGCUCUUGGACUCACUCUCAUGGCACCUCCAAGGAUGAUGGUUCCCCAGUUUCAAUAUUCUCACUUUCAGGAAAUGUCCAAGAUGGUCAUAUAGCUGCCGGGCGCAAUGGGGUGAAGCGACUGCGAACGGUUAGACAUCCCAAUAUAUUAUCAUUUCUUCACAGUACUGAGGUAGAGACGCAUGAUGGGUCUACUACCAAGGUCACAAUUUAUAUUGUAACAGAACCUGUUAUGCCACUGUCAGAAAAAAUCAAGGAGUUGGGGUUGGAUGGCAAGCAGAGGGAUGAAUAUUACGCCUGGGGACUGCACCAGAUAGCUAAAGCUGUCAGCUUUUUAAAUAAUGAUUGUAAGCUUAUUCAUGCAAAUGUUUGCUUGGCGAGUGUGGUGGUGACUCAAACUCUGGACUGGAAGUUGCAUGCUUUUGAUGUUUUAUCCGAGUUUGAUGGGAAUAAGGAAGGUUCUGCUGGAUCAAUGCUGCAAUAUGCAUGGCUUGUUGGCACACAAUACAAACCCAUGGAACUGGCUAAGUCUGAUUGGGUAGCCAUUAGAAACUCUACCCCAUGGGCAAUUGAUUCCUGGGGAAUAGGUUGUCUAAUAUAUGAGAUUUUCUCGGGUAUGAGGCUAACUAAGACAGAGGAACUCCGAAAUAUUGCUUCAAUUCCAAAGUCGCUGCUUCCAGAUUAUCAGAGGCUAUUGAGUUCCAUGCCUUCCAAGAGACUAAAUACUUCCAAGCUUAUAGAAAAUAGCGAAUACUUUCAAAAUAAGCUGGUGGAUACAAUACAUUUUAUGGAGGUUCUCAGUUUGAAAGACAGUGUGGAGAAAGAUACAUUUUUCCGCAAGCUUCCAACUCUGUCUGACCAACUUCCUCGCCAAAUCGUGCUGAAGAAAAUACUUCCACUACUAGCUUCUGCUCUAGAAUUUGGCUCAGCAGGUGCUCCUGCUUUGACAGCAUUGAUGAAGAUGGGCUCUUGGCUUCCACCUGAAGAAUUUAAUAUCAAGGUGCUGCCAACCAUUGUGAAGCUCUUUACAUCUAAUGAUCGAGGCACAAGAGUUGCAUUGCUGCAGCAUAUUGAUCAAUAUGGACCAUCAUUAUCUGCCCAAACUGUAGAUGAACAAGUUUAUCCUCAGAUUGCUACUGGAUUCAAUGAUACAUCAGCUUUUCUUCGAGAGUUGACAUUAAAAUCGAUUCUUGUUCUGGCGCCAAAGCUUUCUCAACGUACAAUGUCAGGAUCUUUGUUGAAGUAUCUCUCAAAGCUGCAGGUUGAUGAAGAGCCAGCAAUUAGAACAAAUACUACUAUAUUACUGGGAAAUAUGGCAAACUAUCUCAAUGAAGGGACAAGGAAGAGGGUCCUCAUAAAUGCUUUUACAGUUCGUGCAUUACGCGAUACAUUCCCCCCAGCACGAGGAGCAGGAAUAAUGGCCCUGUGUGCCACGAGUUCUUAUUAUGAUGUCACAGAGAUUGCAACAAGGAUUCUGCCAAACGUUGUGGUGCUUACUAUUGAUCCUGACAGUGAUGUUCGAUCCAAGUCGUUUCAGGCAGUUGACCAAUUUUUGCAGAUUGUGAAGCAGUAUAAUGAGAAGGGUGAUACAGGAGAUGCUAGUAUGACAGAUCUUGGAGCUCCUGGAAAUUCUAGCUUGCUUGGAUGGGCUAUGAGUAACUUGUCUUUAAAAGGUAAAGCAUCUGAGCAAGUGCCGGUUGCCGUUGGGGGUUCUAGUGCACCACUUGCUACAACAAGCUCUGAUACUAGUUCAGUUGUGGAUGCGGUUGCUACAACUGCAAUGCUGACACCUCUUCGGACAAGUUCCAGUAUGGAUCUAGUUGAUCAACCGGUUCCAGCAUCCCCGACCUCAACAGAUGGCUGGGGAGAACUUGAAAAUGGACUUGAUGACCAUGAUAGUGACAAAGACGGGUGGGAUGAUAUUGAACCACUUGAAGAGCCAAAACCAUCUCCUGCGCUUGCAAACAUCCAGGUUGCUCAAAAGCGGCCAGUUGCACAGCCUAAGCCAGCUUUGUCUCAACCAAAAUCAGCAGCUUCAAGUUCGCAGCCAAAAAGCACUGUACGAAAAGCCAAAGAUGACGAUGAUGAGUUGUGGGGUUCCAUAGCUGCCCCUCCUCCCAAGACAACUUCAAAGGCUAUGAGUUUGGGAGCUCCAAAAACCGUCGAUGAUGACUUGUGGGGUGCCAUAGCUGCUCCACCUCCCAUGACGAAAGCCAAGCCCUUGUCAGCUGGAAGAGGUCGAGGAGCAAAACCUGCUGCUCCAAAACUAGGUGCCCAAAGGAUAAAUCGGACAUCAUCUGGAAUGUAGAAAUGACAAAUGAAAGUGCGAGUUUAAAGCAAGCAUAGAUGUGAGAAAAUUGUGAAGUAUCAGUUUUGUAUAAUCCCAUUCUUUUUACUGAUUUAAUAUAUAGGAAAGCAGUGUCUCAGAAUUUCUGGCCUCAAUUAUGCCAUCAGGUUGUUAUAUAACUUUUUCCAGCAUGUGCUUCUUAAAAUUCCUUGUUUCGCCUAGUUCCUUGUAAAUGUUGUACGAGGCAGGAUCUAGUUGUGGAGACUGAGUUUCUGCUCUAAACUUACCAAAGGCAUUCAAGAUUUUGGCUUUUGUAGAUCACUUUUAAUUCCCUAUGUAUUAUUUGUAAUCUACAGAUACUUUAGUAA